GCGUGAGGAACAGUGCAACGCAGAAUCGGGAGACGGUGAGAUAGCAAGAGGAACUGACGGUGAGAUAGCGAGAGGAACUGACGAGAAAAUAACAAGCGAAAGCACUCCUAACACACAGUGAUGAGGACGGCCGUGGUUCUUCUCUGCCUGGUGGCGGUAGUGAGCGCCAAACCGUUCGGAUUCGGAUUUGGCCGCGGUGGCAGCGCGACCGGCAAUGCUGGAGCUUCCAGUACCCAGGGACAGAACCAGGGUUUUUUCGGAAACAGCCAGAUCCAGAACAGCAACGCCUUCGCGAGCGGUUCUGCGUCCCGCGGUGGAUCGUCGUACAACUCAGCUAGUAGUAACGUCGGUCAGACCAGCGGAUUCUUCGGAAACAAGCAGUUCGCCAACAACCAGGCUACCAGCAACCAGUUUGGUGGCGGACGUAUAUUUUACGGAUAAUUAACGCAAAGUGAUUAAAAAUGACGAUUUUUACAAGCCAGUGGUCACAUGUUGUGUAAUUUGUGCAGUUAUCAUUGUUAGUGCCGGCUUUUGGAGAUCUUCGCAAUGUAAUCAAUAAAACAUGCAUCUUUGUAAAAAAAAUUAGAUUGCUUAAUAUCUGGAGUUUUUUCUUUGUAUGGUAGACCGGAAGACAGAACGACUGUCACCUAUAAUGCCCACCAAAACGACGUUCUGCACCAUCUCUACAAGCUAAACAUGUCUUAAUUAGACAUUAGGUAACAAGUGAGGGCCUUGAGGCCAUCAGUAAACCGGUUUGACGCCGGAUGUCUUUUGGCGUUGCUAGGCGAUCAAAUCUUACUAUCAUUGGAUCAGGAUGCCACUUUAUAUAGCAGUGUUAUGCACUCUCAAGAAGGUGCUUUAUUUAGUUUUGUAUUCGGUGCAUUGUGGCCUAGUGGUGAAUAACUAUGCAUGAAAAUGUGGCUUUACGGUUAAUAAAAAACAGCGUUUCCAUCGCGCAAACGCUUAAAAAUUGUUGCUCAAA